AUGAAAACUUGUUUAAAAUAUGAAGCUGAAUUUCAUUUAAGUGAUGAUUAUUGGGAGCAUGUAUUCACAUUCCUCAUCAACCGCAGCGACGGCAACACUCAAGACAACAACAAAUUCCACUUUAAAUCUCUAUCCCUCGUUUCAAAACGCUUCCUCUCCAUCACCAACACUCUCUUACUUUCUCUCACUAUUUCUAGUCUAUUACUCUCUCUUCCCACUACUCUCUUACAUAGAUUCUCCAACCUUAAUUCCCUCAACCUCUCCUUCACUGUUCGUCUCAUACCAAUUACCUCACAUUUCAUUCACUCUUUGCUCCCUCUAAAGGCAUUGACUAGUCUUACUUUGAGUCGGUGGACACUUUCAGAUAAUUUUCUUUAUGCAAUUGCAAGGGAAGCUCUUCCUUUAAGGAGGUUUGUCCUCCAAAAUUGUACCGGCUAUACUUACCAUGGAAUUUAUUCUUUCUUAUCUAAGUGUCAAACUAUACGACAUUUGGGUCUUCUACAAGAUUAUUUUUUAAAUAAUCAUCAUAUUGCUGACCUGUCUUUGAUUCUUCCUGGUUUGGUGUCUAUAAACCUCAGUCGAUGUUGGAACCUCACAGAAUCAGCCUUGUUUGCACUCAUUAGUAACUGUCGUUCACUUUCUGAGAUCACAAUGGAAUGCAUUAAUUUUCAGAAUUCUCAUUCUUGGAUGGAUUUUGAUGUGAUCCCUCAAUUAAAGUCUCUAUGUUUGGCAUACAGUUGGCUGAUAAAUGAUGAAGCCGUCAUAAUGUUUGCCUCGGUUCUUCCCAAUUUGCAGCUUCUUGAUUUGAGUUAUUGUUAUUGCAUAUCUGAAAAUGGAGUGAUAAAAGUGAUUGAAAGGUGCACAGAGCUGAAGAAGAUUGAUUUGAGAUAUUGUAAGGAGGUGGAUGCUGAUGCCAUUGUCUUGAGGACUUACAUUGGACAAGAUCCUUUGGAACUCACAGGUUUUCGAGAUCCAGGUUGUGACUGGGGAUUUGAGGAGGGUCUCAUACAUAGAUAUGAAACAAAUCUCACAUCAAACCCGAAGGUUUAUGCGGAUAUUGAGAUAGUGUCGGCGCAUAGAGGCAAACCAAAAAUUUUAGAACCUGCAGAUCUUAACAUAUAUGAAGCUAAACAGAGAAUCAAAACCUCGAGAUGCCAACUCAGAACCAAAAACACACAAACGUGCAAAAGUAUGAGCAACCACCAUAGAGAACACACAACUCCAGAUCUGAAGAAACCGAAAGUCGAUCCGCCUGGAGUGAUCAUCGACGAAACCAAACCGGAGCAGGAAAGACAAAAACCGGCCAAUCCAUACAAGAAGAAGGGUGGAACCUGA